AAUCUCUCAGAACCCAAAAACACGCAAACACGCAAACUCUUAAGCCACCGUUUUAGUCUUUAAUCCCACUCUUAUCCCUCUCUCUCUCUCUCUCUCUCUCUCUGAAAGUCCAUUUUCAGAGACCCAGAUGAGCAAAACCCAAAGCUUUUAAAUUUUGAAAAAAAUAUCAGUUUUCUCCGAUAACUGUCAGUGAGAUUUUAUACCAUGGAAAUCCCUAUAAUCAAGGACACAAAAUCAGACCCAAACCCAAAACCGGAUUUCCCAUUGAAGUUCCGCACCAACUCACACUCUCAGCCACACUCUCAUUCCCCAAGUUUCCUCGUACACAACGGCUUCGCCUCCUCGGAGUUCCCAAUCGCCGACAUAGAGAUGAUAAGCAUGGAGGCCAUCACGUACACGAGCCUGAGGGACCUCUUGCCGUCGUCCCCGCCGUCGGUCAUGUCGCCGACCCACAACUCGAGCUGGUACGACGAGAUCCCCAUCAAGAACCCGCUGGUCAAACACGCGGCUUUAGCGUAUCUCCAGCCCAUGUCGACCCCUGCGGAGACUGGGAACAAGGGCUUCUUCGGGAGGCUUAGAGCCAAGUGCUCGUGUGGCCAUGGGUGGUUCGGGUGCUUUGGCUGGCUCGGCGACGUCGUUUCCAGGAUAAAGGAAGCGUUCUGGGAUAGAAGAGGGAGUGUGUGCUUAGCUGACGACGAUGAUGAUGAGGAGGAUGAGAAAGUUGACUGAGAAACACAGACAGAGACAGAGGAAGAGGGCUUUUUUGGAACUUCCGGAGUUUGACUGGUAGAUAGGAAUUUCUUCAAUUUGUAAUUGGAUUUUUGUAUAUAAUAGAGGGCCAGGGUUGUGUUCAAAUAAUUUAAUCUCUUGAAUGCGCGUUGAUUUUA